AUGGCCCCGCUCGCCGCCGCCGCCGCCGCCGCCGCCCCCCGCCCUCUCUCGGGCCGGCCGCCCAGUCCGAGUCCGGGCCCGAGGGCUGGUCGCCGGGCCGCCGCCGCCGCCGCCGCCGCCUCCCCUGCGCUGGCCCGGCUCCGGGGCGCCUCCGGCCGCCGAGGAGGAUCGAGGCGGCGGAGAGGGCCGGACGCGGACGCGGCCGACGGCCUUGAACGCGCGCAGCAGCUUCCAGGCGGGAACGGGAAAGAAGAGCCCCAAAUGGAAAACAAGAAGCCGCCCGGCUCGCCGCACCGCCUGCGCCUUCCAGGAGGCUCUGCCCCAGCCGCCGGCGAAGGCGGCCAGAUAACCAGGGCGGGGGGCAGCGCGCCGGCCGCCUGCCCGGGCCCGCCGGAGCCCCGCCCCACCGCGGCGGCCGCAGCCAAUGGGAGGCGGGAACGCCUCCGAGGGAGCCGGAGGCCGAGCCGCGCCGGCCCGCGCCCCGCCGCGGAGGACCGCGGGGCUGACCACACGCGCGCCGGCCCGGCUGCCCUGCUCCCGCGCCCGGCCCGCGCCCCUGCCCAAGCCCCCGCCGGCGCCCGGCCCGCGCCUGGCCCCCCUCCCGCAGCCGUGCGCUCCCGCGCCCGGCCGCCCGCGGUCCGCGCCAGGCCCUGCCCCCAACCCCGGGCCCUAGGCUGGACGUCCAUUGUUCCCCCAGACUUCCCGGGUCCUCCGGGCCCCGCGCAGACCCUUCCUCCGGCCGCCGCCCCCGGAUGUCACCGAGUCCCCAGGUCCCGACUCGCGCUGGCCCUCUCCCGCUCCUUGGCGGAUCUGGCCGACCCCAGCGCCAGGUUGGUGCCCCCACCUCGCCGUCCCCGCGACCGCUCCCCCGUGGAAAUAAGGGAGGUGGAAACGGGGCCUCGCCAGGAGCUCGGGGCCGGGGUUGGCGGCGAGGGUGCCUGCGGCGCGCGCUGCUGGAGCCUGGAGGCUUCCCAGCGCAUCUUCGGGCUUCACCGCGACCGCCCCCUCUUGUCGGGCCCAGCACCUUUCGGCUCAAAGGAGGGGUCCGGCGGCGGGCUCAGUGACCAUAGCAGCCUGGUGCCCGGAAGUCUGGCUCCCGGCACUGCCGGGCCUCCCCGGCCUGCCUGCCGAGCUCCCCGGCAGCUCCUGACUCCAUUCCUGGGCGUCUGCAAGGCCGCGUCUCCACGGCUGGAGGAAACCCUGGAUUCGCCGGCCGGAGACUCAGUGUUUCUGAACACUUGUGCGGGAAAGGAAGGGGGAAGCCCCACCACAGGAAAGGCCAAUUCGUGUCGAGCGCCUGCUCCACUCCCGGAUGAAAGCCUGGUCUCCCAGAGCCUUUCUGGGGCCCAGAACGAGCUGAAUACCAAGAAAGGGCCACGCGACGUGCGGGAAGCGUUCAUCUCAACUCACGCCCCCGAGGCUGCAGCGCGAUGCGGGCAUCACCAGAAGCGGCGCGAGGGCUCCUCCAGCACCCGUGGUGGGCUACGGGCGUCGCAGGAAGCGCCUUGGUGCGUGGGCACUCCGCAGAUCAGCAGGCCCCACGGGCCGGGAGGGGGGAGGGUCGGCCGCACCUUGCGGAAGUCGGGCCUGGCCCUACGGGCGGCGGGCUUCCCUGAUUGCCAGCCUGGCAAGGAGCCCCAUGCGCGGGACGGCGUCCCCUCCUGCCCGAGGGCAGCCUGCAGAGUCGGAGUCCCAACGCUCUGGCCCCUCCGCGCACCGGCGCUGCGGGCCCUGGGAUGCGCCCCUGACGCCACCCACCCGGCCAGGAGCGCAAAGGGCGCCGCCAUCCCGCUCUCAGGCCGCGGAGCCCUCGGUCCGGGCUGCUGCCCGCGCCUUCGGGCAGGGACCCGGUUGGCACCUGGCUCCGUGUGGCCGACCCCACCCCGCCCCGCCCCGCGUCCUCGCGUGCGUCUGCACCCGGAAGCGCGGCCGGGUGCCCCCUCCGCACCCCCUCCCCAGGCUUCCCGCUAG